UGCUAUCUAUUGUCACAUCAGAGAUACAUUAUAAUCAGUAGAAAGUGUAUUACGUUGCCCAUUAAACUAAUGAUCAUGUUUACAUUGACGUUGCGCAGGGGGUAUCUAGCUAGCUGUUAGCCUAUGAUGUCUAAUCAAAUAUGGUGGAUAAAUGAAGAUAUCUUACGCAGGCCGUUUACCUUUGAAAACAGUUGUCAUAGUUCCGGUCUGCUCUAGGGUUAGCAGCUAGAUCUGGUUUGCUUAGUUCAUUGACCUAAUAUGAACCGUCAAAAAAUUUGCGAGUGGGAUGUUUCCGUCUCUGGUCCAAUGCAAUGGUUGUGGAUGGGGCUGGCUUUUUCCUCGCUGAGUGGACCGUGGUGAAAUCACCCUUUCCUCUCGAUAGGCAGGUGGCUUAUAACUACAGCAGACGUUUAGCUUGAACUUAGACAGCAACAUAAAUUUCAGCCACCAUAACUUCAAGUUAAUGCUUGGAUUUCAAAUAGAAUAGGUUGCUAACUGGACAAUAAUUUAUGGUGAAAUCUUGUGUAACACUCCUGAUCUACCCUCCCGUCUUAUGCAAAUAAGAUGACAAACAGCUGUUCUCCUUAUUGGUGUCCAAUGACUACAUUUUGAUCUUAUUGGAACAAGUCUGGAUGCUGCAGGCUGUGUCCAGGCUGAGUAGAGCAGCGGUGCGUGUUAGGCGAGUGGCCGCCCAGGUCCAGGUCACCACUGUAACCAUGGCCCAGAAUCACCAGAGCUGCGGUACCUCCUGUCAACAGAAUGGGGGUGCUGUCACAGCAGCCAUCCUCAUCAUUGGGGAUGAGAUACUCAAGGGUCACACGGUGGACACUAACAGCGCCUUCCUGUCGCGAGCGCUGAGGAAGCUGGGAGUGUGUGUCCAGCGUGUCACAGUAAUCCCAGACCAGCAGGAGGUCAUCUCUAAGGAGGUGGCCCUCCUGGCCCCACAGUACACACACCUGCUCACCUCUGGGGGAAUAGGCCCCACCCACGACGACGUCACCUUCGAGGGUGUUGCUAUGGCGUUCGAGGAGGAACUGCAUGCCCACCCGGAGCUGACCCGUUUGGUGGAGGAGUUCUUUGGGGUGGUGGAUAGGGAGAAUGCAGCCAUGAAGCUAGCCAUGGUCCCCCGCUCGGCCAAGCUCAACUACGGCACUGACCCUCAGACUGGACAGCCACUACGCUACCCACUGGUGAGUGUGCAUAAUGUCUACAUCUUCCCUGGGAUCCCGUCUCUGUUGGAGAGAGCCUUCAACGGUCUGGAGCACCUGUUCGCUGGCUCAGGGACCACCUUCCACACACGAGAGGUGUUUGUGGAUGCAGACGAGGCGUUGAUCGCCCCGGUGCUGACCCGCCUGCAGGCGGGCUGGGGGAAGAGGGUGGCUCUGGGCUCCUACCCUGACUGGCUCAGUAACUACCACCGGGUCAGGCUGGUGCUGGAUUCAGACAGCUCUGAGGAGGCGGAGAAGGCCCGGGCUCAGCUGCUGGAGGAGAUGCCCAAAGGCAGUGUGGUUCCCCUGGUCACGGACCCUGUGUCCAUCGCUACUGAGGAGGUCUACACACUGGCCAACAGCGGCACACCACUGGGUGAUAAAGUGGCAAACGCUCUGAAGACCAUAGAGACUGCUCUGGAUCAGUAUUCGGCAGGGGAGAUCUGUGUGGGCUUCAAUGGAGGCAAAGACUGCACUGCUCUACUACAUCUAUAUUACGCUGCACUGAAACGGCGGUAUCCGGAGGGUAAGGACAAGGUAAAGGCUCUGUACAUUCGCAUCGUCUCUCCCUUCCCAGAGAUGGAGAGAUUCCUCCAGGACACAAUAAAGAGAUAUGACCUGGAGAUUUUCUCAGUGGAGGGCAGUAUUCGGCAGGCAUUGAGUGAGGUACAGGAGAGGAGGCCGGAGCUGAGAGCUGUAUGUAUGGGCACCAGGAGGAGUGAUCCCUACUCACACACACUCACACCCAUGUGUCUCACUGACCCUGGAUGGCCGGACUACAUGAGGGUCAACCCCCUGCUGGACUGGACAUAUCAUGACAUCUGGUCAUUCCUGAGGACUCUAUAUGUGCCCUACUGUAUUCUAUAUGAUAAAGGGUACACCUCAUUGGGCAGCAUGGACAACACCUGCCGAAACCCCGCCCUCCAAGUGGUGGAUGGGAGGGGCGUGAGCCGCUAUAGACCUGCCCACCACUUGGAGAAUGAGGAAAUGGAGCGUGACUCACGUGAAUGAUGUCACUUCCUUGUUUGUAACGUCAUGUCCUGAUCUUUUAUCCGCCCUUCCUGUUUGGGGCUCCAGGUAAGAGAUGCUUGUAGGGACAGACCUAGGAUCAGCAUAUCCUCCUCAAAUCCCAACCUUAACCAUUAGACAAAACUGAACAUACAGGCAACUUCUGAAGAGAGGGGAGGAAGGACAUGGAGAGGGAACAGAUGGAGGAAAGUGGAACAGACAAAGAACCAGAGACUGAUCGCAGAAUGAGUGAAUUUUGAAGGAAAAGUGUAUGUUUCUGAAUGGAAAACAUGUGCCUGAGUGUAUGUCUGAGUGGCUUAGAAUCUUAUGAUAUGGAUUUACAUGGUUUGUAAUAAAAUAUCAAUCUGUCACAA